GUGGGGAAAGGGGCCUGGUCCAUUUCCCAUGACCCUCUCUAGUGUCCGAUUUUUGAGAGCUGUAUGAAGCAUCUCUGAGGCUUAGGGCUCCAAAAGAAGUCCGCCCUGCAGCUCCCAGGACGGCACUGGUUGCGGCAGAGGUAGGCAACCAGAAUGAAGAACUGUGCCCUGGUAAUCCUGUCCCCGCAGGAAGUGGAGACCCUUACGUCGCACUGGACCCUCUACAUGAACGUGGGCGGCUUCCUGGUGGAUCUCUUCUCGUCCACCCUGCUGGGAGCCUGGAGUGACCGCGUGGGCCGCCGCCCGGUGCUGGUGCUGGCCUCGCUUGGCCUGCUGCUCCAAGCUGUGGUGUCCAUCUUUGUGGUACAGCUGCAGCUCCAUGUUGGCUACUUCGUGUUGGGCCGCAUCCUUUGUGCCCUCCUCGGUGAUUUCAACGGCCUCCUGGCUGCUAGCUUUGCCUCUGUGGCAGACGUCAGCUCUACCCACAGCCGCACCAUCCGAAUGGCCUUCCUGGAAGCCUGCAUUGGAGUGGCUGGCAUGCUGGCCAGCCUCCUGGGGGGCCACUGGCUCCGGGCUCAGGGUUAUGCCAACCCCUUCUGGCUGGCCUUGGCCUUGUUAAUAGUUAUGAGUCUUUAUGCAGCAUUCUGCUUUGGUGAGACUGUGAAAGAGCCGAAAUCUACCCGGCUCUUCACUCUCCACCACCAUAAGUCCAUUGUCCGACUCUAUGUGGAUCCGGCCCCAGAGAAGUCCAGGAAGCAUAUAGCCCUGUAUUCACUGGCCGUCUUCCUGGUGAUCACUGUGCACUUUGGGGCCCAGGACAUCCUGACCCUCUAUGAGCUGAGUGCACCCCUCUGCUGGGACUCCAAGUUGAUCGGCUAUGGUUCUGCAGCCCAACACCUCCCCUACCUCACCAGCCUGUUGGGCCUGCGCCUUCUUCAGUUUUGCCUGGCCGACACCUGGGUGGCUGAGAUUGGCCUAGUCUUCAACGUCCUGGGGAUGGUCGUCUUUGCAUUUGCUAGCAUCACACCCCUCAUGUUCACAGGAUAUGGCUUGCUCUUCCUGUCAUUAGCCAUCACACCUGUUAUCCGGGCCAAGCUCUCCAAGUUGGUGGGCCACUCAGAGCAGGGUGCUCUGUUUUCUGCUGUGGCCUGUGUGAAUAGCUUGGCCAUGCUGACGGCCUCCGGCAUCUUCAACUCGCUUUACCCUGUCACUCUGAACUUCAUGAAGGGAUUCCCCUUCCUCCUGGGAGCUGGCCUCCUCUUCAUCCCAGCCAUCCUGAUUGGGAUACUGGAAAGGAUUAGUCCUCGCCCUGAAUUCCAGCAGUUUCCCCAGAGCCCCUGAUGUGCCUGGGCCUGAGGAGCAGAGUGAGCACGACCUGACCGUGAGUCUGACCUGGGAUCCCAGCCCCCUGCAGCACCUGCAGCUCCCCUGAAGGACAGCAGCAGGGAGCAUCUGGGGCAGCAGUCUGUUUACCCUUCCACCAUGCCUUACCCUUCCGUCAUCUGAGAGGGGAGAGGUCUUGGAGGUGACACUUUGGGGCCCAGGUGAAGCAUGAGGACUGGCAUCUCUCCUUCCAGCUCACAUUGCAGAGUGCAUGGCACUAGUUCCUCUGUCACUCCUGACUGAUAAAUCCGCAACCUGGUUAGUGUUCGGGAAGGGGAGGCCGUGGGCAGGACCUGGUGCCCUUUGGAGGGAGAGUGCUGCUGUCACUGUGGUUGGAAAUUAAUCCUGAUUAUGGCCUGCCCGCCAGUCGUCACAAUGAAUCAGCGGAGUCAAGCUGAAAAGAAUCUUCAUUGGGGUUGGGGUCCUCUAUUUUCCUGCUUUUGGUCUGCCCGACACGGUACAGGUACCAGCAGGAGCUGGCCUGGGCGGGUGCCCCUAAACUGCCUGUGGGAGUGGCACUGGGUGCGUCCUGCCAGCCUCAUCUGAUUUCUCUCAACUGUGCGAUGUGAAAGGCCACCAGGCUUGCAUGAAGCCAGCAGAAAAGCACAGGGCAAGCGGCUGUGGAGACACACACCUGUGGCCCCAGCUACUCUGGAGGCUGCGGCAGGAGGACUGCUGGAGCCUAGG